CCGCCCUCCAACAGGGCCCGUCUGUGUCUGUGGAGAGGAAACUAAAGUUCCUCAUCUUCACACGCUGAUUUGACGCAGAAUUGCGACACAUAAUAGUCCCGCCGACGCAGAACCGCGACACUUGUAACCCUCCACAUCUGGUAGCUCCGAGGAGGAGAAGAAGAAGAAGACGUGACUUGAGUUUGUCCAACGAUGCAGAGUUUCUGACGACUCUGCAGCUGGUCAGACUGAAGUUCGGGGACUGAAAACAUGCGUUCCAGUUUGGAUACACCACCGAGCCGCCUUGGCAGAGGAGGGACCGCCAUCAACCCCCAUAACAAUAUCAACACACAGAACACUGGAAACUCAGGUUCCCAGUAUGCUCUUUGUGCUCUCGGUGUUGGGCUCAUCGCCCUGGGAAUAGUGAUGAUUGUGUGGAGCGUCGUACCUGCAGAGGCAUCCGGCAAUAACAGCAGCAGCUCAGGAGAAGACGUUGGGAGCAGGAAAAAUAAAGCGUCGUCUGUGGCCUUCGUCUUGGUGGGUUCCGGGGUGGUCAUGCUGCUGUUGUCCCUGUGUGUGGGAAUGAGGAACAAACAGCGAGAGCAGCGGAGUCUCCAGGAGGCCCAGAACAACAGAGGAGUGGCAGAUAUAGAGCAAGAGGAGAGAGAAACUCCUGAGGAACAAGCCCAGAGGUAUGCUGUACCCAGCUAUGAAGAGGCGGUGGGCAGUGGCAAGUACCCCGUUCGUCAGAGCAACCAUUCCCCAAGCUCCGCAAAUCUACCUUCCUACGACGACCUGGUUGAAGUCGAUGGAGUACAGUAUGAAUAUGAGGGAUCGGAGGUCACGAAUACCGGACCGCAGCCAGCCGCCCCGGCUUCCAGUGCACCGACUGCUGCCGCCUCCGCAUCAAACCGAAAAGCCGGAAAAACUACCCGCAAUUUCCUCCCCAUCAAGAUCCGCAGGAUUAAAUCCGAGAAGCUGCACAUGAAAAACAUUGAUAACUCUCAGCCAGCAGCUGGAAUCAGUAUAGAGCCACUCACCCCACCACCGCAGUAUGAAGACAAAUUGCCUCCAAUUUAAGGUCAAGUUGAUCAAGCUUAAAAACAAACUACUGAACUUCCUGGAAUCUGUUAUGAUCAACUUCUGUGGAUGUAGAUCUGGCUUGACCAGCCAACACCUGGAAAUGGCUCUUACUGCAAAACCUUCUCAGUGGCACUUUUUAAAUGUUUUUGUCAAAAUGUGUCAUGAAUGCCACAUCGCCCCAAAGCAAAUAACAGAAUGAAACUUUAUUUUUGUAAGUUUUGGAAUCUCUGAACCGGCUUUAGACACUUGGUGAUGAACACAGUUGCUGGAUCAUUUCUGGGCACGUUGGAUUCAAAGCAAAGCAGCCACCAAAUGCAGUUUUCGUUUAUGUUUAAAUAGUUUCCUGUUUACCCUACUGCAACUGCCAUCCACUGUGCGCUGACUGCACAAUCAAGUUGACAGUGGAAGAGAUCAUAAUACGUCGGAUUUGGGUGCACUUAAAUAGAAAUGUGCAGGGGACUCAGUUUGUGAAGUGAGCUUUGUUGAGCGUCUCUGGAUGACUACUGCCAGCAGCUUACCAGAGGCUGUAGGCUCCACAGUGGGCGACUCAUAGCUUUGUAUGUCCUCAGCUGGUUUGACCUGACAUCGUACUGCACAGAAUCUCAGCCUCAUUGUCAUCAAUAUUUGUACAGUACAUUCCAAUACUCGUAGAAAAUGACAGACUAUAUGGUUUAACUGAUGUUAAAGAUGCUCUACUGUGCUUUAUACAGAUCUGCAGUCCUGCCCUUCGUCCAUUUUAGCUUCUAUUUAGCUUGCUUUUGGUUCAGUGUCCUCUGUAUGUCUGCCUGAAAAUAAAUAUUGAUAUUUCAUAUUUUAAGAUGGCGUGCACUGGCCGGCACCGUAUCAGUAGCUUGUAUUUUUAGUUAAGAUAAUACAAUGCUUGUUUAGCAUUUAUCAGCUACACUGUAGAAAGAAAAUUGUUGGACCAUCUUUUAAAGAAAAACUCAAAUUAGUAACACACAAAUUACAUUUUUUUGAAAUUGUGCACAAGCAUUAUUAAUUUGUGUGUUAUUGAUUGAGGUAUUUUCUUUUUCAUUGAACAGUAAUGACUCUACCAAAACACUGUGGAACAUGAAAUUGUUGAAUGCUUGCAAAAUGGCAGUUGUUUAGUUAUUUGGCAUCACGUCCCUGGAAUGUUAACUUCCAGUACAGAAGCAUUUUCAUCUAACAGAAGAAAGAAGAACUUUUCUCUUUAGAAACACAUGAUAAACACCCUGCAGCACAUGAAAGGGCCAUGUCCUGUGAAACAAAAGCUAGCUUAAAAACAGGGGAGAGCUUCAUGUGAUUAUGAUAGAUUGGUAUAAAUAAGCAACAUAAGGUCCACAAGGCAAUGCUUCAAUGAUUUUACAUAUUAUGAAAGACACCAUGAAAUUGUACUUUUUCUUCCUUUGAGAAGUCGAGGGCACAAAGAUGCCAAAACAAACUUUGCCCUGAGUUUAUCGAUAUAGCAUGGCUAAUGAGAUAGCAAGCAGUUGCGGAACUAUACAACUUGAAACUACUGAAUAAAUAAACAUUCCUUUAGAGGUUAACUGGUAAGUUGUAAGUACAAAUUUGAAAUGCUUUUUAGCCAUGGUUUAGUCUAUAUGCUUCUCUUAUUAGACUCAAACAUACAGUACAUGCUACAUAUGCAAAGACGGUUGGUUGUUUAAGUACGACACAACAGGCCAUUCAGGAUUAUGAAUUAGGUCUUGGCUGCUAUAAAAAAAAAUAACACAAUGAACAGUAUUCAAUGACUUAUAUUUAUAUUUACUCUCACAUCAAUGGUCACCAUUAACUUAUCAUUUUAUAGGAAAGAAACCAUUUCCGGUAGCAUGUGUCAUUUCAUGGUGUCUGUAGUAGUGGUGUAGUGGUAAUGCUUACUAGGGUGGGGCAAUAACAUAAUAUCAUUAAUUACAGCAAUAUAAUAUCUAUCUGUAGUAAUAAGUUAUGAGUCCAAUAUACAUCAAAAUAUUGCUUCUAUGUGCUAACCCAGUAAUUGUUGUACCUCAGUGUCUGAGAGUUUAAACUCAACCUCAGGAGCAAAAUGAGUCUUAACAGAAAUAACAAUGUCACGUUUACCUUGAUAAUUAUCAAUAUCGACUGAUAUGAAUAUUUGUAUCUGGAUGUCAUUGUUGUCCAUAGGACUCAGCCCUAAUGCUAACUGCUAACUCUGCGGCAGAGUGCAGCUGUCUUUGUGUUGUACCCAUUCAUAUACUGUUGCAUGCCCGCGGCAAUAUUGUUUUUCCUCCUAGAGCAUUUCAUAUGACUCAUAGUGUGACUGAACCUGAGCCGUAGUGGGGCUCCUCCGCUGCAGAGAAGGAAGUGUGUGUGAGAGCACGAUGGAAGCAGCUUGUGAAUAGUUGAGAGCCGCCGGGCCGUACCCAUGGUGAACGCUGUGGAGCUGUGAAGGCAGCACUGUAGCCUCUAGCUGCUGCUCUGGGGCGUGCUUCUUGUUCUUAUUGGAGAUGACCAACACAGAAAAGAGUCUUUGACUGUGCAGCUGCGCCAAAAUAGCAGCAACUAUUACUCACUCUCUUGCUCUUCACAUUCUGCCGGCCACAGCCUAAACCGCAGCCCUGUUUUCACUUAAACGUUUGCAGAGAACAAGCACAAAGAGAAAAGAGACAGCUGGAGAGGGGAAUAGUUUUGAGUUCUGUCGUUGCACACUGCUUCAAAACUCCUGUGAAACAAGCCCUGCUUUCUCCUUCAGGUUAGACAACUGAGGCCAAAUUGAAUGAUUUACUUUAAUUCAUUUAAAUGUUUAAAAAUUGUCGAAGCUGCACAAGAUGUCAUCCCUGAGUUGCCCAUUUGUUAUUGUGUAAUGUGUUAUUCAUGCAACAAAAGCUGACAUUCAUUGUCAGCUGGUUAUAUCAUAUUGUAUAUUACCAGGUUUUCUGAUGAGCUGAAGACAACAAGGUCACUUGAGGUUUGUUAAUAGGACACAUGUCGUCAUGUCUGUCUCUUAUUAUUGGAGUUUAAACUCGUCACUCUGUGUAAAUCCUUGAUGUGUCGUCAUGUUCAGAACUGCAGACAGACUCAUUGUACCUCACUGGCAAAAGAACCAGAAAACUGCACAACUGAUUUCAUUGCGUCACACUGUUUAACUUUAAUGAAUGAACAGUGUUUUGAUUCACCAGUUUUAUUAAGACAAGUGGCCAAAACACUCAUUUGCUGUCAGUUUCCUUUUUGUAUCACCUAUAUAUAUAUAUAUAUAUAUAUAUAUAUAUAUAUAUAUAUAUAUUUCCUUUUAUAUGUGCUGUGAAAAUAUACUUUUCUAUAAUUAUGUUUAUUUUUUUUUUUCUCCUCCUGACAAGCAAAACAAAUGUUUAUCUCAUGGAUAUUUUAUGAGAAAUAAAAGAAAGUGUUUGUUAAUUA